AUGCUCGACCGAGCAGCCGUUAGGGGUAAGUUCCUGUGGUAAAUUUGUAGUUUCCUAAUGGGUCGCUCUCAAGUUAUCCACCUAGGUUACCAGCAGUCGGCGGAGGUUGCGGUUGAGAGUGGUGUUCUCCAGGGCUCCGUUCACAGUCCUACCUUGUACAUUAUAUACGUCAACGAGUGCAUCAGUAACCUGGACUGUGAUGUCGCCAUUUUUAAUUAUAAUGUUUUCCGAUGAUAUCAGUCUGUGGAGCCUCGCUCAACAUGAAGCCGACAAAGAGCGCUUCCAGACGAACCUAAACUGACUCGAACAGUGGUCCAAUAACUGGUUUUUGCUGUUCGGUGAGAGUAAUCGCAGCAUUCUGCGAGUCGGAAAAUGACAUACUAAUGAAAAAAAUGAACGUUCAUGAAUGCCUAGGUGUGUGGAUUUCGAUUUCACCUACACCAUCGUUGCAUUGUUCGAAGGUAGCCAUGUCCAGGAUGUCAAUCCUGUACCUCGUAAAGCGGACGUUCUCCACCUUUGAUGAAUAUAGCUUCGGUAAAGUCUUUCGAUUGUUUGUUUGGCCGCAGUUAGAUUUCACCUUUAAAGCCUGAAACUCCUAGGGCGUUAAGGACCUCGGCAUCAAGUGAACAGUUCAAAAGCGUCCAAACAAACUUAUAGUGGGACAGGGUUCACCAUCUUAUGAAACACCAUUAUCUAAUCCCCAUCUCCUUCCUUUGUGUUACGGACAGCUGGCAGGCGACCUGAUACAGACAUUUCGAACUAUGCGCGUUUGGGACCGCUGUCUUGUACCUAGUGACUUUUUUCGAGUUAGUAACCACAGCGGACCUGCGAGGGCAUCUACUGAAAUUGUGCAUGACUGGGUCUCGACUGAACACACGGAAGUUCUUCUUCUACAACAUAGGGAUUGAAGAUCGGGAUGGUGUGCCUGUGAGUAUCAUUAUGUCCACAUCUGUAUAAGCUUUUAAGUAAACUGGACCACCAUCCACGUAAUUGUGCAUGAUAAUGCCAUCCGUCCGACGCCAUCUAGACACCAAACGUAACCGUUUAUUACAGUUUUAAUGUUACUGUGCAUAUUUCAGUAAUAUUUGUUUAUGCAAUUGUGCGUUUAUGGCUACAACUCUCAUUUGCAGAAAGAUUUGCGCUUGAGAGAACUUUAUCUGCAGCACAUUAGUAUUCAAACUGACUGCAGAGAGCAAACAAGCUCCGCGGUGACAAUGGGUAGGUGUGCGCUCAAUCUUGAGCGAAUAAAUACCCGAUCUGCAACGACAGGGAAUGGCAGGUGGCGAGGCACGGAUGAACUUCGGUUCGAUUAAGUGUUUAUGAUCCACCUGGUAGACCACACUGGUGAACCCGCCACGCCAGCUGUGUCUGUACACAGGUUUGUGUUUCCGGUCUCAGCUAGUGGUCAGAGUUAUGAUUGGCUGAGUGAAGGCAAACAAACCCGAAACAGUUAUGUAUCAGUCUACCCUCAGACUCUGUCGGCUCCCUUCUGCUAUUACGGCUUAGCCGACUCCGGUCUGGUAAUCAGUUGUCUGUUCGUGACCCCGGUCAUAGGGCCCUACGACUCAUAAGAAGUUGGCUUGUCUCGGGAAGCCGGUGGAUCAACGUGCGCCCAUUCCUAAGUGAAUAUAUAUAUACAUAUAUGACAAACGUAUUAUACCGUACUCCUGACAUAGGUACUACGGUAUUAUACGUUUGCCACACAUAUGUAAUACUACUUGUGGUGCUACUUGCUUAUAAGAUGGCGAAUUCCGUGAUUAUUCCACAGUAGUUGGUUGUCUUCGACUCAUAUGUUCAUUGAACUUUCGGGUCUGACCAUAAAAACAUAAUGUCUCAGAGACUUAGCUCCAUGUCCUGCACUGAAUAAUUUCUGACAUUAUUCGUCUGAUGUGUAUGUAUUCGUGUGAAGAAGAGGCGAUCGCGGGGACCAUGGGUUUACUGGCCUGAAGUUUCGAAAGCCAACAGGCUUUCAUCGUCAGAGGUAGGCUCUGUACGACGCCUCACAUAAUUUAUGGGUGUUGAGCGCACGGGCGUUCUGUCGUUCGUGCAGGAUGUACUGCGGGGCGGAAGUCAAUCACUUUCAUGCCGGUCGGGGGAAAAGCUCGUAUUGUCUUUGAUAUUUUUUGCCUGGUUGAUGUAUCCUUAUGCGAUUUUUCAUAUAUUUACAUUGAAGUUGCGAAUAUUCCCACGAAACGGUGCAGGCGAUCGCUUAGCGAGCAUACGCGUGCUUUCAAUAAACCAAAGUCGGGCCCAAAGUAAAAGUAAAACAAAGUACAAAGUAAAACGUGUGAGAGAUAAGGGAAAUCGAUUAUGGUUCGUCUUUUCAUACAAGCGGGGCGUUUGAAUAAGAGGGAGGAGGGGGUAAUUGGCAGUGAGAGUUAGGCAGGGCCGUGUCACAAGGAGGUUUCGAAGGGGGGCACGGAGACAUGAAUGCAAGGAAUCAACCCUUGUGAAUGGUAGACGCGGAGAGUGCAAGAGAUUCUUCUGCGCACAUGGACCAACCUCUGUAGCUUGAUGGCAGUCGCUCCUGUUGUUGCUCGUAAGCGCUGACCCAGUCGCUUAGGAUAAUUAGGUAGGGCCUUGCAAAUCACACAGUAGGCUUCGUUGGGGUCCACACGAUGCCAGAAUCGGCCAUUUUUGCGAGGGUGGAGUUGUGUAUGCUACUAAUUUCACCUUUCCUCAGACAUCUCGGCAUGUCUUCUCGUAUUCUUUUGGUAGGCGCCGACUCGUACAACCAAUAUAAACUACUUCACAGGAGCAAGUAAAGGAGUAAUUGCACAUGGAGGUUGUCUGAGCUGGCAGCAUAUCCUUACCUUCCCGCGUAAGAAGGGGUUGGUUGAGAACAGUACCUGUGCUCUUGCUGCUGAAUAUUUUCUUGAGACGGUUUGGUCAAUGCGUCUUUCCAGGAGUUCACUCGUCACGUCCCCUUGAAAGGGGGCUUUUUGCAGCAGAGUUUUCUUUCCGUCGUUGGUGUGAUGAGUUUUUCGGUCAUAGGGUAUGAUUCCUUACAACAAAUCUGUCAGGAUACGCGUUCUCGCUAAACAGCUGUUAGAUUCUUCUAAGUUAUUCGUCAAUUCUAUCCACCGAACAGAUUUUUCUAGCCCUUUGCGUCAGACAACGGACUGGACUACGUUUUCGUUGAGGGGGCACGAAACUUCAGCGUAGGCUUCUUUCCGAUAUGUGCUUCUCUGAAUGCUUCAGUCAGCUCUUCUGCCUAGAAGAACGUCUUGGGAAGGCAGAGAACCUGCCGUUUCCACCUUCAGCGUAAACCUGGUCGACUAGUAUGUUGAGUUACAUCAUCAAAAUGGGUGGUUAUGCUGGUUUAUCUAGUGGCAAUUGCAAACAUAUCGCCUGCGCAGUGAUCGUUGUGCCUUAGCUUGCUGAUUUACCCGUUUUACUGAAAAUUCUCCAGCUUGCUCAUAAAGACAUAGAAAAGGGAAGGACUAGGAGGCGACCCCAUAGCAAUCAAGUUUAUCUGUCUAUAUAUUUAGUUAUCAAAAGGGAACUGCAACUUUUGUGCGCAUUUUAGAAAUAGUUUCCUGAGUGCGUUCGUCGGAAUACGUAUUUUUGGUGGUUAGUUAACAUGAAUUCCAAUACGUACUCGACUGUCUCUGUAACCGGAACAUCUGUGAAGAGUGAUGAGAUAUCAAGUGAAAACACCAUCAUACCAUUUAGGUUUAGGUCUUUAACGUGUCUAAUGAAUUCCAAGGUGUCCCGAUAGCUAUGCGGCGCUAGUCGAUACUGUACAUGUUUCAGUUUCUGUCCUAACCGUUUCACUUGCAACAAGUAGGGAGUUCAACGGUGUGCACCUAAAUUCCCCACAACUAAACUGAACUGAUAUAAAUAAAAACCUGUAAAGUCUAUAUGAGGUCAUCUGCGUGUGAUGCAGACCGAAGGGGUAGACUACGAAUUGCUGGUGCACAUACGACCAUUUCCAGAUGUGCACUUCCACCCAUUUUCUAUCAGUGUCACGACAAUGACGGAUGAUUCCAUCAGUGUCACGGCCCUUUCACUACCGGAUUACUGUUGGAACGUACUCGGACUGUACUUUCGCGUACACAGUCAACUUUCCAGUCUUUGUGUGUACAAAAGCAGGAGAUGAAGGGGCACACGAUUAUAUUGCUCAUACGGAAAUUGUUCUAACGUAGAUCAAGUCAGUGUUCUAGUUGCAUUGAGCUGAAGACGGCGCUCCUCCGACUUCACACCGCCUCGGGUCGCCAGUAUGAUUCCGGCCCCGCUUGUCGGCACUUUGUCCCAGACUAUUCGGCCAUAUGCGAAUUUUCGAUGAAACAACACAGUCCAUACUCCAUCCUAGCGCCACACCUCAACUGCCCGCACCUGUACGCCAGUAAGUAACACAGGAACCUAUUCCACAACACGCGCAUACGCGCCACCACUUCCUUCUGGAGCAAAAGUGCGAUCCUUUUUGUCAGAGUCGAUAUUACGGACGAAGCGUUGUAUGCAAGAACGCGCUCAUCUGACUUGGUAAGAAGAUAUUUUAAUGCAACCCAGUACAUGGGGUGAGGUUCUCGCCACGUGUAGCACGCGCAGACGGGCUGUUUAUCUUUUUCAGCCACCACGUCAACUUCAAUCACCAACUGGGUCACAGUCGAAAGGUGUGCGUAAGAUUAAGAAGAGAGGAAGAGUCCGACAGAAGCGAAUCGAUUCGCACAUUCUCACUUUAAUAAACCUGACACACUUUAAUUCCUUGCGGCCAGCUAUCAGUCUUGCCAGGGAAAAUUUCCAAAUGGCGGGGUGCCUCUUUCUUCUUAGGACUGAGCGUCAGACUGCAAUAUCCUUUAUUUCAUGUCGCCUCUAUGGCAUACCCUUUUGCGUGAGAUCCGGGCCGCUCUUAUCAUAGCGCAAUAAUUUAGAGUGGGGAUCAGGUCGUGUGACACGACUAAGCACGCUUUUUAACUUUGCCAGCCAUAGCACCUUCGACAGUCCACCUCCAUGGUCACCAACGCGACUGCUUACCCAUCGCACAUUCGGUCAACCCAGCGCCUUCUGUUUGGCCCCUGCGUGGCGACAGAUUAACACCAGUCGACGCUGUGCCUCCCACCGAUUGUUUGUAGGCUGCCAAAGCCCAGGUAAAUGCACGUUCCCUGUGCCGAGGAUGAAAAAACCCACGGUUGGCAUACGCAUUGCCUGAGAAAUCUUUGUCACUGUCUUUUCGGUCGCUUGUGCUUUCCUGUGCUUAAUAGAAUCGUCUAAACAAGUAUCUCCACCUGAUUUUAGUUUAUUGAAGUUCUCGUUGCCGACGCACCGAAGUCCACCUCGGUUGGACUUGACUUUGUCCUGAGAUCAGAAAAGGGUGAGGUUAGAGUCCGAUAGGUGCAGAGCAAGUCCGACCCCCUAUAAAUAAAUUCACGUGCUUGUCACCACUGCAGGUCCAACGUAGUAGGGCAACGGUGGACACUCGCCUACAAAGAAGGAACGGUAUUAAACUUACGGAAUGAUGCGCAUUCCAAGAAACGAAAGCUAAAUCCAAAUAAGGUUGUUCAGGAGAGUGACAAAACGUGCUUCCGCACAUUUUCGACAUCGGUCCCUCAGUUCUGCUUCAAGCCAGAACAUUACCGCCGGCUGGCGGGCUAAACCAGAUGGGCCAGUAGCUGUAACCUCUACAUACACCUCACUUGCUUGAAAUGUCCUAGGACACUCUGGCACCGCAUUAGAUUAGUUGACCGUAUGCGAUCCCAUAAUAGUGGAAUCCAUCGCGAUUUUGCCACGACAAACCUAUUUCCUAUACCGAAAAAACUACCACAAGCAACACCAUUAACAAUAAAAAAAAUCAUAAGACAGGCCUUACAAUUGCCGGCAAUCCCGGGCAAAUCAUUCACUCCAACGAGGUGGGUGAUGAAUGACGUUAGUCGUGUUCGGCAUAUUAGACUCAGCCUCUUUCACCUUGAUUGUCAAUCAGGAGGAAACACAGAGAUUCAUGUUAGACUUCAAAUCAACGCAAGAGAACUUGCACGCAGUACAGAUUCCCACACUAGUUAAAGUGAGGAUUUGCCCUAACCACCGACUACAGCAUUCUGAAUGUGUCUUAAAUUCAUUUUGUACCACGGCGUUUAGUGGUUUUUUUUGCGGAAGAAUUUUAUAAUAAAAUAUAAAAACAUAUUCUGCUCUACCUCCUACCCAAAUUUGGUGACAUAUUGGGUCACAUUUUCCUCACUUCAUUGAGUUUCAAGUAAAUGUGAUAAAAUUGCAUGCAUAACUGCAAUCCCUUUUGUAAAAAAAGCAUUAAGAUGUUAAGGGCCCUUGAAUUUCCAAAUAAGCUUUGCACCAACUCAGAAGCUCUGGUCGCGCCGAAAACUUUAGUUGAAUUUGCUUGUUUUGUUGGGCUGUCAAUUUCCCGGAGUUUGAUUCUCUGGCUAAAGGGGCUGGUCUCUGCUUUCGCAGGUAUUCGAGCGCGUUUGCCUUGUUGUCCACCUUGGACACGUAACUUGACUCUAUUCUUUGUUAUUUUUCACUCCAUACAUAGUUUAAGAAUCUUUAAGUGGUAGGUUCGUCACAUCCCUGAUAGCGGACGUCGACGUUCGUUGUUAAACAAGGAACAGCAUACAAUAGUAUGCUGUAAGACACGUUCAGUGAAAUAAGGUUUUAUUUGUGUGGUUGUUCUCAUCACACUUCCCCCUUAUCCUGCACGGAAAGUUCAAAUACUCGGUUGUAUGCGCCAACUGCGUAGAAUUCUUUAGAUAUUGCCGCCGGCACAGCAGGAGAUCAAUUCUGAUAUAUCGCACCUGCCUCCACCUCUUUAACAGCGAAAAAAUCUGACACCGACUCACACUUGUUAUGUCUGGACGCUCGCCGUACAAGUGGGCAACCAUGAAAGCGCAGUGACUCGUCAGAUUAGGACCCUCUUUAGCAGCCACACUGCUACUCCUGAUCUCCCGCAUUUUUAUAAUAUUUUUUGGCCAUGUGAUGAGUAAAGGCGAAUUUCAGAUCCCAGGCGAUCUUUUGCAAGCAGAAAACAUUCUACUUGCGUCCUGGGUUCAAUGCCAAUCACAAUUUCCUCUGAUGGCCUCGUCGUUUACUGCCAGUUGUUUUUGUUUCAUUCACAAACAUCUAUAUAUGUCUUUGUCUAUCCUCACUUCCUCAGGAAGACGCCCGCAGCGCUUACUGAACUUCCUUCGGACUGGGAGGUGAGUAUUCCGUGUGACUGGCGUGUCGGUAACCCUAUGAUGAGAAGUAAAAGGGCUGACUAGACUUGCUCCUUUCAUAGGGAACAGUCUUGAAUAUGAUAUAAGUAUGAUCUGAGGGCUUACACCCUUUGGUAUCUCAGUCAUUAUCACUUUGUCACGCAAUUCUGUUUCCUUUGUAGGGGUGGACCGUUUUCACAUCAGGCCUUUGGUACGUCAUCACAUCUUUGGUGCGAGAGCGACCUUUUCUUAACGGAAUCGCGGAAUGAUUAGUAAUAAAUGCUUAUUGAAUGGAGUUUGCUGUUCUGUUUAUAGUACGUGCUCUACGUGUAAUCAGGCCCUAUAAUUUUAUCCCCUCGUCUCUAUACGUCAACUCUCCAAGCUCGGAAGCGUAGUCCUUUUGACUUUGAAUGGGAAAUUGAAGUAGUUGGUGCCACUGGCUCGUGGAUAUAGGUUAUAUCUCUCUGGGACAAAAAAAACAUGGAAGAGCAAGCGUGUGGCGAACGGGUUUCAGUCGCACGGAUGAUCGCUGAGCGAUGCCACGCCUGAUGGAUUUUAAAUCCAUUUAGAGGAAAUCAUAGACACGAGAAAGCCUAAAAAACAUCUUUUUACCUGUCUUGUUCUCGCCAGUGCUCUCAAACUCGUUACCGAUUAAUUCCUAGUAACGGCACAGAGAAUUCCCGUCGAAUGAGGGUUCCCCAUCAAUCACGGACUUGUUGGCUUCACGCUUUGAGCCAUACACAACAACCGUUGUUCAGCGUUUUGUACUACCUAAAGGUCUGCAAAUUACGCCUAUCACUUUCCCCUGUUAACUAAACCGGCUGCGCCACCUCGAUCAGGGUCCAUAAGAGAUGACGCUGCAGGGGCUUUGCCCGACCAAGUCAUUUGGGACGGCGAACUUUCCCUGCACCAAGUAGUGUCCCCAUUGAGUGGCUAGGCCCCACUCUAGAGACGACCCAUUAGCCUGAAUCACAGUAAUGUUUUCAGGCAACAACUGUUAGCUGUGUGGAUACUGCGAUUUAGGGACACACAGAAACCACGUUUUAUGGUCGUGCAAGACAGUCUCGUACACUCACCUUUUUCUUUAGGACAUACACUUUCAGAACCGGCGGGACGCGUUGAGCGCAAGUCUUGGUCGGCCUCGCGUUUUUUAUAUCAAUUAUUUACAACACGGAGAGUCGACUUAAACAAAGAAGUCGGCCACCUCGAGCCUUUUGCCUCCAUGUAAGCAAAGGAACUUCGCGGUGUGGAGCCCUCGAGUAUAGCCUUGCAUUUCGCAAUGUAUAGUCUCAGACCGACUAUGCGGCCAAGUCCGAAAAAUGUCCCUCGACAUUAAAAAUAUGCAGGACUUUGUUUUGCCCUAUGUUUAUGUUAUGGCAUUCGAGGCCGUACCUGAUGAGAGGGCAGCAUCGACAGCACGGUACUCGUUUAUACGGUGUGCCCGAGUCUCGUCUGUAUGAACGGCCAGCAUACCUCGAUACGGUCGGUUUCAGGCAUACCACCUUCCCUAGAGUAUUCUUGUACACCGACUAGUGUUCCGGCAAAAAUGUCGAAAAACUCCAUCAUUAUUGAAAGUGGUGCUCGUGUUCUAGUAUUUUUGUAAAGUUAGUCGAUGGUCCUUGCGACCUCUGUCACAACGAAAGCUAAUUUGGUUUUUCUUUUUCCUGUUUAGAUCUUGGGCUGUAGAAACUCCCUCGGUCAGACAGAAAUGUUAUGAAGGCGAUGCGGAUUGGGUUGACGCCGUUGUAGUCAUAGUAUACAGAUAAGUAGGGAUUGGCGAAAAGCACGUCAUUGAUUCAAUCUCACGGGGCAGGUUCGGUAUGGCGUGGACACUAGCAUCUUCUAUAGCCACUCAGUAAAAGCAGGGCAAACCUUUUCUAAUCUGGUUUGUAGAUCCUUCUUAUCUUGCGUUCCGUCCAUUCGAAACCGCCUGCUCGGACUGUUGUGCAUCCUAUUGGGAAGGGCAUUCCUGGAAUGCCCGGUUCAGUCAUGCUACCAUAUGGUGGGUUGGGCAGUCUAACUAAGACUUCGAGCAUCGUGACCGUCUAUUCAGGUAGUAGGGACAACCUUCUACGGUUUAAUCUUUAUCGAACAGAAUUACAACUGGUAGGACUUAUGAACUUCGGUUCGAUGAGGUGCUUAUGACCCAUCUGGUAGAUCUCAGUGGCGGACCAACUGCGCCAGGUGCGUCUGUGUGCAUGUUUGUGUUUCUGGUCCCAGCUGCUGGUCAGGGUUAAGAUUGGCUGAAUGAAGGCAAAAGAAGCCCGAAGCAGUACUGUAUGAAUCUACCGCAUUCUCUGUCGCCCCUCCUCCCCACUUAUUUGUAUCUACGGCUGCUGAGGCCAUCCUGAUUUCAGGUGGGAUUUCCUAAUGAUAGCCGCUCUAAUCGGCCCUCAGUCAUCAUAUCAUCUAACAGCCCGGUAUUCUGUAUCUGAUGGUUUGGGCGCCUCGCGUGUAAUCUGCGACCUGUGCGGUGUUGAUUGUUAUCCGCUCUCUUCGGUUGCAAAUGCCGCGGCUUAGGCCACCAAAGGAGACCUCAGUGAUGGCGCUUCUGAAUACUAUUCAUUCUCACACUAGGUAGCGGAGUGCAUCGUGUUCAGGCGAAACAAAACGGCUCGCUGCGUCUUGCCUCAGACGCCUGACUUCUGCUCACUUGACGCCGGUGUGCGUCGUCCUUCCGAAACGGAAUAACAUUCGCUCCUGGUCCGGGGCGCGGCCUCACUCGCGAACGUUUGGUGUGUGUAGUAUGCUUGCUUCCUGUCUUUGUUUCUCACCUCGAGGAGUGGGAGAUUGCCGCGUCUCGCGAUUGUUUGCUUAUGCAAAUCUCCGUGGUGUGUACUGGCUCCCUUGGCACCCGAGCGUCAUGUCGUCAGUCUUGCUAGUCAUUCAAAAAAGGCUUAGGUCCACAGUUAUUGUCGUAUCGACUUCCAUUGAAAAAACACGCCGAGGACGUUGCCGCUGUAUCCAUCUCACUUAAAUGCGACACUUGAUGCCGUCAGAGGGAGUAGGAGGCAGAAUUCCGUUUGCUGUUAGUCAAGUGUCAAAGCAUGUGCCAGAACUGCUGUGGUUAAUUACUCCUUGUUCGGCCUAGACGUGUCUCAACCUGGCGAGCGCUUUGUUUUUCGUCUGGUAAGACGCAAAUGUUAGAUUGUGCCUAUUGCGGUCUGGACUUCAGGUGGUUUCCGUUCAUGUAACCUUGACUGCUCUCGCGCCGACCCGUGCAGUCGAGUUCGCGGUGGACAAGUACCUUAGAUACCGUAAUCCACAGGGGUACAUAUUAUGAACUUUUGGGUAGGGACUUUACUCCCCGUCAGCCUCGACGUCCUGUCUUGCCACCACUUGUUUUGACUCGGGCUUGCGGCUGGUAUUGGAGGCGGAAAAGGGUAAAACACGCUCAGUUCGAAUCCGGUGCUUGGUUACCUCACAGUAAAACAAUGCCCUCUUGAGCUGUCGCGACGCACCAACAAAAAUGUCAUAGAAGGUUGCUUGCUGUUGCAUGCAAUUGUCCGAUCUCGUAACCGGGUUCUUCUAGAUAACCAAUAACUACUAAACAGACAGCCCUACGUAUACCUCUCGGCCUCAAGGCAAAUUCCUUUGAUUAAACGCAUUGUGCCCUUUCAUCCUUGAGAUAUGCCCUUAGGUAGUUCUCCUUUAAUUCUCUAAAUCUUUUGAGUCGACUACAAUCGACUUUCCUGGACGAGGCCUACUGCUUCAGUUGGCGAACGCAUCCAAAUCUGUAGGUAAACAGUCAGUUUCUGGGGAUAAAACCGCAACUGAAACUUCAUACUGAAGAUGUGAUCCGUGGGCCGAAGUCGUAUUCAUCUCUGAAAGUAACACUUGUUGAACAUCUUGAGCUUUCGUGUAUGUUCAACCUGGCUACUCCCCACCUUUGUUUAUUUCACCACUUACAUAGCAGUUGACGUCGGCCAGUCAGCAACCUAACUCCUAUGAUGCGUUAUGCAUGAGCCUUGAAUCCUGGGAUUCGCUGCUCUUAGCUGGCAGUAGCACUUGAGCAAAGGUGUCUGGUUGCAACUAACAGGAUACUGGUUUCACAGUGAAUAGACCUUGCUGUUUGUUUGAAGCUUGCACUAAAUUUGGAUGGUCUCUUUGAUAGCUUCCGAAUGUCCUGUCUAUCCGAGCUGAAUCUGGGCCCUGCCUGCCCUCCGAGCGCCGCAUUCUCCUCUUGUCUACAUCCCGGUGCCCGCUUUGUCGGCAGCCAACUCUCCAAGGGCAAGAAAUACAACGUCGAGGCUGUCAUUCAGGUACGUGGCGGGCCGCCAUAAUCUGUCUCCUUCAGACAACCAACUUGCCUGAAAAGACCUUCUAUGGUCUGCUAACAAUCGAACACCUGGCCGAGGAGGUUCCCAACUCCACCACCUUCUUCGAGGCCGAAAUCAUCAGCCGCAAGUUCCCCUUCAUCACCGGCAAGUGGGAUGCCACUGUGGAAAUUGACAGAAGCCACUGGGUGUGUGAGUGAUUUUUGUACAGCCUGAACGUUGAGCUUUUUUCCUUGCCCUCUUCAGAACGAAUUAAACGUGCCCUCCAAGUUUCCUGACUACUACAAGGACUCCUUUGACUACUCAGCCCUGGAGACCGCUGAUCACGUGUUUAUGCGCUGGAAGGUUAGUUUCUCUGAAUUCCCACGAAGGCACUUUUCUUCCAUCAGGAGAAGUUUCUAGUCCCAGAUUCGACGAACAGCAGCGCCAGUGAACACAUUUCCUUCUCUGGUUUCUACUAUGUUUGUCUUCGGAAGACGAGUGGCGUUCUCACGGGUUACUAUUAUCAGGGUACUUCAGAACGGUACUUCCUUCUCUAAGGUUCCUGCUUAUCUCACCCUUUUUCAUUGCAGAUUUCAGCUACUCGAGCUGAACUACGUGCCUCAGACUACCUUUUCAUCGUUUCAAAUUAUCUGA